AUGACCACUCCCUCCCUCGGUCGGCCACUCCCCAGAAUGGCCAAUCCCCUCUUCCUCUUCCUCCUCCUCUCCGUCGCCGCCGCCCCUGGCGCCGGCGCCGAUGGGCAGGACCCCUGCGCGGGACGGCGGAUCCACAUCCGCCACCUGCCCCCGCGCUUCAACGCGCACCUCCUCCGCCACUGCGGCGCCGACGCCUUCCCGCUCGCCGACCCGUCCGCGGCGGCCACCUCGUCCCCGCCCUGCGAGUCGCUCGCCAACCACGGCCUUGGCCCGCGCACCCACCCGCGCAGCCGCUCCUGGUACCGCACCGACCCGCGGCUCCUGGAGGUCUUCUUCCACCGCCGCAUCCUGGAGCGGGACUGCCUCGCCGACGACCCGGCCCACGCCGACGCGGUGUUCGUGCCCUACUACGCGGCGCUCGACGCGCUGCCGUACGUGCUCGACCCCGCGCUCCUUGACGCCUCCGCGCGGCACGGCGCGGCACUGGCGGAGUUCCUGGCGCGGGACCAGCCGCGGAUCCUGUCGCGCCGCCAGGGCCACGACCAUUUCCUGGUGGUCGCGGGGUCAGCGUGGGACUACGCGCAGCCGCCGGGCGUGGAUCCGAGGCUGUGGGGCAGCACGUCGCUGCUGCGGCUGCCGGAGCUGGCCAACUUCACGUUCCUGACGCUGGAGUCCCGCGCGUGGCCGUGGCAGGAGCACGCGGUCCCGCACCCGACAUCAUUCCACCCGGCGUCUCUCCCGCUGAUGCGCGCCUGGCUCGCCCGCGCGCGCCGCGCCCGCCGCAGCACGCUGAUGCUCUUCGCGGGCGGCGCCUCGCGCCCGUCCAGGCCCAACAUCCGUGGCUCCAUCCUCGCCCAGUGCGCGAACCGCACCGACGCGUGCGUCGUCGUGGACUGCUCCGGCGGCAAAUGCGUGCACGACCCGGUCCGGUACAUGCAUCCCAUGCUACGAGCCAGGUUCUGCCUGCAGCCACCGGGGGACACGCCGACGCGGCGGUCGACGUUCGACGCCAUCAUCGCCGGCUGCGUGCCCGUGUUCUUCGAGGACGUCGCGGCGAGGAGGCAGUACGGCUGGCACCUCCCCCCCGCGCGGUACGACGAGUUCUCGGUCCACAUACCGAAAGAGGCGGUGGUGUUCGGCGGCGUCAAGAUCGCCGAGACGCUCGAGGCCGUUCCGGAGCCCGAGGUGCGGAGGAUGCGGGAGCGCUUGCUGGAGUUGGCGCCGAGAGUGGUGUACCGGCGCCACGGGAGCACCGCGGAGAUGAGAGGAGCGGGGAAGGACGCCGUCGACCUCGCCGUGGACGGCGUGCUAAGGAGGAUACGGAGGCGGGUGCGCGCGCUGGAGGACGGCCAGCCGGAGAGGAUUUACGCGCUGGAGGACGACAGCGUCGAGGCGUAGGAUGAGAAGAAUGUUCUUGGUGACAUCCGCUUCAAUUGCGUCAGGACAUUUUGGUGCUGUGCAGCAGCUUCCUUAUUCAAGCUUCUACUUUGGAGAGUGUGAGAGAGGGAGUGCGUGUGUGCAUAUGCUGUUUUUUUUUCGAAUCAAGAGGGCCCUUUAUUAGUUACUCAAAAAUUGAUUACAAUCAUGAGUAAUUAGAUGCUCGACACACACCGGCGGCCGUUCACGCCAUAGCUAUACUGCACUAUGAUAUAAACGUUUUGCUAGCUGAGCAAGCUCUUGCGCUACUAGAUUGGAUUGUAAUCAAUUUUUGAGUAACUAAUAAAGAGGUUGGAUUUGUGUUAUUGUAAGGAGAUUGGAUGUCUGUGCAUAUGCUGUUAUUGUAAGGAGAUUGGAUUUGUGUUCCUUCUUCCUUGUAAUGGCGGCAUUUUUUGCUGUGUUCGUCGUGUUUGUAUGGUGGGAACUUUCCCGUCUUCGCAGAGUUGCAGUGAUAAUAGCAGGGGGUGAGGCUAG